UAAUCAUUUACCUAUAAUCACGUGUACAUAAGACACAUAUUGGUCCAGAGGUUAAUAUACGACACACCGUGACAAGAGUCCAUUAAGCACAGCCUAGGUUGCUUGGGCUUGAACGCAAUGCCAGAAAUAAACAAAGGUGACCAAAAACAGUUAUCGGAAUGGAUUAAAGGGCGGCACAAGUACACAUUGUUGUUCAAAGCAUCAAGGGAUGGUUGUGUUGCCACAACAUUCCAUUCAAAGUGCAACAAUAAAGGUGCUACAGUUACAGUGCUGUAUAAUACCAGUGGUUCUGUUUAUGGAGGUUACACAUCUAUAGCUUGGAGAAAUGCUAACGCAUAUUCACUCGACAAUAAAGCAUUCUUGUUUAGAUUGUAUCAAGAUGGAACCUUCAAGCCAGUAGUGUUCACUGUCACUAAUCCAGAGAAUGCUGUGUACGACCACCAAAACUAUGGUCCAACAUUUGGUGGUGGACAUGACUUGUAUACAUUUAAUGGAACUGUAACUCAUGAUGGUACCUGCUAUCCUUUAAACGGUUCUGCAAGCUUUGGUACUUCUUAUAACAUGAAAGGAGAGAACUUGAAUACAAUUUGUAAUGGGAAUUUGAAAGUUACAGAUCUUGAAGUUUACAUGGUAGAGGAACUUCCAAAUGCUCCUUUGGAAAAUCCAUGGAGGAGAACACCUGAAUGGAACCUUAAGUUCUUGGAAGAGUUGAAGACGAAUAUUGAACAUUACAAACCAUUGAAAGAACUGAAAAUUCAGCAGGCCAGGAUUUUACUCGUUGGUCAAGUUGGAGCAGGGAAGUCGAGUUUUUUCAACACCAUCAACUCUAUAUUCCGUGGAUACAUCACUAGUCAGGCAUGCAGCGGUAACGCUGAACAUAGUCUUACAACAGUGUACCGAACGUACCAAGUUAGAAAUGGACCAUCUGGAAAACCAAUGCAUUUUCGCCUUCAUGAUACUCGUGGUCUAGAGGCUGACCAAGGAAUAGACGGACAAGAAAUUAGUUAUAUCGUAGACGGACAUUUGCCAGACAGACAUCAGUUUAAUCCAUCACUUCCAAUUUCUCCAGAGUUACAUGGAUUUAUAACCAGUCCACAACUGUCCGACAAGAUACACUGUGUAGCAUUUGUUAUGGAUAGUAGUACAGUUGAUGUUUUACCAGAAAAAGUUCUUGAGAGGAUAAAGAGCUUACAGACAAGACUCAAUCAAAAGGGUGUACCACAGGUAGUGCUAUUGACCAAGAUAGACAAAGUAUGUCCUAUUAUAACUGAGGAGUCUGUUUCAAGAGUGUUUUAUAGUCCAAUAAUUCAGGAGGUUGUAGACCGGGUAUCACAGAUCAUGGGUCUCCCAAGGGCUCAUAUACUGCCCCUUAAAAACUACGAGAGCGAGAUGGAACUUGAUGAUAAUAUCAGCACUCUAGCUCUCAUGACAUUACAGCAAGUGUUACGAUUUGCUGAUGACUAUAUGUACAAUUAUCUUGAUUUGUUGGAGGAGGGAAAGCUCAAACAAGAGAACAUUCGUGAAUAAUGAAAAACAUUGUAAAGAAAAGUUCAUUAUGAGCCAAUAAAACAUGAAUAUGGAAUAUAACGGAGAAAGUUUGGUGGAUAUACUCGAUUUCCUUAUUAUGGCAUUUUAUUUGUCAAACCUUCUCAUGGAGAAAGUUAAUGCUUUUAUUAACAACAGCUUUUCUGGUAAUGAAAACUUCCAUUAAAAUUAUUUACCGAUGAA